UGAUAAAUAUGAUUAAGGCACCAGAAAGUGAUGAAUUAAAUAAGGGUAUUGUUUCCUUUUUGAAGAGGGAGGGGCCACCUUGGUAAUUACAUUAAAAGUAGAAACAUUUUUACUUUGCUUUGAAAUUUCAAAUCUCUUUCUCUCUCACUCAGAAUCACAAGGCAUCAUGGCAGCCAAAGCAAAAGAAAGGGAUUGUGUUACAAUAAAGAAUAGGAGAAAAGGAAAGAAGCACGUUGCCAACCCCAUCUUAGUACACUCACAAACUUCACCAAAACCCUCUUCUUCUUCUUCUCCUUCUCCUUCUAAACUCUCUUCACAAAUGAAAAUACUUUGCUCUCUUCCUCCAACUCUCUCAUACUUUCACUUUUCUUUGUUCAUGCAAGAUCCAAAGAACGAUUCAAACUCAAGUUGCAGGAAGCCCUGGUAUCAAAGAGCAAUGGAGGUGACUAGUCUAUGGAAAAGUAUUUCGAAAUCUGCAGAAAUUCCUGCAGCUAAUUCGAGCAUAUGGAAGACACCAUCAAUGCCAAAAUCCCCUCAAGUUCCUACACCGAGUCCUAACAAGAACAAGCUAAGAAAAUGUGCCUCCCUAAAGGUUGCAACAUCCUUCACAAGGGUUUGUCUUUGUGCACCUAUCUAUUCAUAUAAUGAGAUUUUGAGAGCUGAGGCUCCACCCAGAAGAAGCAAUAGUUACCCAAGAUCAAAGCCAUUGCAAACUGCACAUGAAAGAACUCCUAGUGCCAGGCUUAGCACAGAGGGAAGGAGAGUCUUCAGGGGAAAAUCAUUGACCGAUGAUGUUCUAAUGAGAAGGUUUGUCAUUGAGGAAGAGGCAAUGAUGCAAAUUAGAAGAAGAAAUCAAAUGGAAGUUAUUAGGAAGAGGAGUAUGCUUAGAAGAAAGAAGCUUGGGCCUAGUCCUCUUAGUAGAAUGGUUUUGGCAAAUCAUAUUGGACAAUUUCAUUGAUUGAUCCAAUUCCUAUAGUGCCAUUUCCACUUGCUGAAUUUUGAUUCCAUUCACUCAACUUUUUCACUUAAUGGGGUUAAUUAUCUUGCAACAUUUAAUUUUACAUCACCCAAUUUCAUGUGGGUUCCAUUAAUGAUAUUAUUAUGUAUAGUUAAGUUAAGCUCUUAUGAGUACUUUUAAGAGUACUUAACAAAUACAUAUGAAGCUAAAUCCUAUAAGGAAUUAAUUAACACAACAUCUAAUCUUAAACCUUAAAAAAAUUAAAUUUAUGUUCAUCAAAAGCUUAAUAAGAGAAGUUUUUGAAAGAGAAGAAAACAAUUUUAAGAAAAUGAUACGUCAAAUCUUAACUAGUAUAUGUAGACUUGUUAAUUUGCUUAUAAGACACUCUAAAAACACCAUUCUUGAAUAAAACUUGUAGAAGAAGGAUAGUGGUUAUCUAAUUUGUAUCUGAAAGGCCAAGUUAGGUUGUUUUGCCACUACU